AUGUAAAGAUAAGUGAUUAAUAUAUUGAAAAUUUACGAUAUUUUGUAUGAUUCACUUAAUUCUGAUAUAAAUAUUAUAAAUUAGUAUUAUCCAACAGAUUUAUGGAAGAUUAUUGCUAGUCAAUAAGUGUUAAGUGUAGAAAAUGUUUAAUAAAUAAUGUAUUAAUUAUGUAAAGGUUUAAAUUAUUUACAUUCAUCAAAUUUUAUCCACAGAGAUAUUAAACCAAGAAACAUAUUAAGAAACUAAAAAUGUGAAGUUUUUUAUUGUGGUCUUGGUUUUGCUCGUAUAUUUGAUGUGAGUUAAGAAUAAUUAAAAGAAAAUAUUACUGAGUAUGUUGAUACUGAACAACAAAAAUAGAAUAGCUAUCUACUAAGUAAUAAUUUGCUUGACUUAGUAUUUUGA